UAUCCUAUUUGUUUUAACAACGAAAGAAGACAGUAUAAAUAUUAAUAUGUUUAAUACGGUUAGAUACAGAGUUAUAGGAGAUGGAAUUUGUAGUUUAUGCUCACUAGUGAUGUUGGUUGUCGUCCUGACAUCCAGCACUUUGAAGCCGUUUGAAAGAGGAUUCGACUGCGAAGACAUUUCGAUCAAGCAUCCUGAAAAGCCGCCAUCAUUAACACCGAUUUGGUUGAUAGGGUGGUUUCUCGUGCUGCCAACUUUCUUCAUUGCGAUUUACGAAAUGAUCGAAUAUUUUGCAUAUAACCACACCCUCGAUAAGAACGCGUUGUACAGAGUUUACAACGAGGUUGUUGUAUUCGUGUUCGGUAUUUGUUCAUCGUUCCUGAUCGCUGAGAUAAUCCAACUGAGGUGCGGAAGAUUGAGGCCUUAUUUCUUGGACGUCUGCAAGCCCAACGUAGACUGCGAUUUGCCAGAGAACAGAUACAGGUACAUAACAAAUUAUGUGUGCACUAACGCGGUAGAAUCCGAUGUCGUAAUGGCCCGGAAGUCGUUUCCCUCGAUACAUGCUCUCAUAUCGACCCAAGCGACGAGUUAUAUCUCUCUGUACCUUCAGAUGAAAGACAUAAUGAAAACCAUCGUUCUGAUGAAACGAUUCAUUCAAUCGCUAUUGUUCGGCGUAAGCGUGUACGUAAGUGUAAGAAGAAUAAGCGAUAACGCGAACCAUUGGGGUGACGUCCUGGUAGGAAUGUUCAUCGGAAUCCUCUUUGCAUUUUACAUGUUUUACUUCAUGAACUCAUACCGAACGAACGAGACACCGAAAGAAGAAUAAUCCAUCAAAAUCACCGCAACGUAGUUCAACAAUAAAAGUCGUACUUAAGUAA